AUGGAUCACGACGUAGUGCACUGCACUUAUGCUGCCAACGUUGAUAACGAGUUGAUCCUACGCAAUUUACUGCUAGCUGGUUGUGAAGUGGACGUGACAGCAACUGACGGCACAACCCCUCUACAAGUGGCUGCCCGGAACAAUCGUUUUCUUCAUGCUGAAAUUCUUCUGGAGAACAACGCCAAUCCAAAUAUUCUCGAUGAGAGACGGGAGAAUGCUCUAUUGGCAGCCGUGCGUUGUGGAAGUGUAGAUUGCGUGAAGGUAUUGGUCUCCAGUUCGAAUAUUGACACCCAUGCUGUCAACAAAAAUGGGCAAUCAGCCCUACACCUGUGUGCAACAUUGUCGAGCGAUAAACUGCCACCGCGAAGGUCACCAGUCGAAAUAUGUGAACUGCUCCUGAAAAGAGAAGCCAACAGACUUUCGGAGAAAGAGUUUGCAGCUUAUCGUUGUUAUUGGCAUAUAUGGCCGGAAAUGGUGACGUCUGUCGCUGUUUACUUCGAUACGGUGCAACGAUGGGUGCCCGAAAUGUUGAUGGUGCGACCAUGUUUCAAACUUUACGAGACUCCCCACAAAGAUUGCUUUCUUUCUCCGAUUCACUGGAACGAGAACCACGAUGGUCCGAUGGUGACAUGUGCGACUGUGGUACUCGUUUUUCAAAUUACAGUCAGGAAACAUCAUUGUCGACAUUGCGGUCGUCUUGUGUGCGCCAAGUGUUCGGAGGUGACCAUGCCGAUAGCGAAAUAUGGCGAAGAGAAGAAAGUCCGAGUGUGUUCAUUGUGCGCCGAAGUGCUCACUACGGGGGCUGCACGAUAA